GGAGCGGGGCCGGGGCUGAGCCGGGCCGGGCCGGGCCAUGGCGGCUCCGCCGCGCUCCUUCAGCGCCGCCGAGGUGCGGGCGCGCUGCGCGCAGGGCUCGUGCGUGGUGCGGUGCCGCCGGCGCCUGUACGACCUGAGCGCAUUCGUGCGCCUGCACCCCGGCGGCGAGCAGCUGCUGCGGCGCCGCGCCGGCACCGACGUGAGCGCGGCGCUGGACGGGCCCCCGCACCGGCACUCCGCCAACGCCCGCCGCUGGCUCGAGCAGUACUACCUGGGCGAGCUGCGGGACGACGACGAGGAGGAGGAGGAGGAGGAGGAGGAAGGCUCCCGGCAGAGCUGCCCCGAGACAGAGAAGCCAACAGAUGCAGCAGCCCCGCCAGCGAGCCGGCUGGACCCCCGCUGUAAAACGGUGGACGUGGACAAGGACCUGGUGGACUGGCGGAGGCCCUUGCUGUGGCAGGUGGGCUACCUGGGGGAGAAGUACGACGAGUGGGUGCACCAGCCCGUGGACCGGCCCAUCCGCCUCUUCCACUCGGAUUUCCUUGAGUCCCUCUCCAAGACGGCGUGGUACGUGGUAUUCCUGGUGUGGACCCCCGUGGUGCUCUAUCUCAGCUGGGUCAGCUACACGUCCCUCGCGCAGGGCAACACCAGGCUCUUCUCCUCCUUCACCACAGAGUACUCCAUCCCCGUGCACAAAUACUACUUCCCCUUCAUCUUCCUCCUGGGGAUGUUCCUGUGGUCCCUGCUAGAGUACCUCAUCCACCGCUUUGUCUUCCACAUGAAGCCACCCGCUAGCAACUACUAUCUCAUCACCCUGCACUUCUUGCUGCACGGGCAGCACCACAAGUCUCCCUUUGACAGCUCCCGCCUGGUCUUCCCCCCGGUGCCGGCGUCGCUGGUCAUCGGCUUCUUCUACGGCGUCCUGCAGCUCCUGCUGCCCGAGGUGCUGGGGCUCUCCGUCUUUGUCGGGGGGCUCUGCGGCUACGUGGUGUACGACAUGAUGCACUAUUACCUCCACUACGGCUCGCCGAAGAAAGGCACCUACCUGUACGGGCUGAAGGCGUACCACGUGAAGCACCACUUCGAACACCAAAAAUCAGGCUUCGGCAUCAGCACCCGCUUCUGGGAUCGCCCCUUCCGGACACUCAUCCCUGAGGAGGAGACCUUCGAAAAAGAGGACUGACGGCCCCGGCUCUGUCCCUCUGGGCUGGUGUCCCUGCCCAGCCCUCGUUCCCGGGGGACAUGGCACUGACCCCUCUCCGGAGCAUCCCCACGGCGGCCCCAGCCUUGUCCCCAUCCUGCCCGCGGUGCCGGGGGCAAGGCUGGAGCUCUGCCCCUCUCCUGUCCCCUGCCCGCUGCCUCCAGCACCGCCGGGGCUGCGUGGGGACCUUAUCGUGCUGCUGAGGGUUUGCAGCAUCCCUCCUCUUUCUCCCCGUCCCUCCUGGGGGGGCUGCGCCAGCUCCUUCGCGCUGCCGCCGGGGAUGGGGGGCAAGGAUGCGGGGAAGGGGCAGGAGGAGGCUGCAGGCACUGAUGUGCGGGCAGCUCUGCGCCCAAAGGAUGAAGUGCCCGGUGCCUCGAGCCCUCCUCCCUCUGCCCUGCACCUCGCCGGAGCCCCCCGACCCCCAGCCCUCAUGGGGUGCCCCCCCAGGUGCCCAACAUGCUGCAGUUCUCCCAGCUCGUACCUGGGGGCUUCUGUAUCUUGGGUCACUUGGAGAGGGG